GGGACGUAGUCUACCGACACUGGAAGCGGCGGUGAAAGUAGCGGGAGUUCCGAGACAUUCUAAAAAAAAUGCUGGCUUGUUUACAUGGAGAUGGUUGAAGAAGAGUUUCAUGCACUACCCUCGCUAGAGGUUUGGAGUAAAACAAAACCUAAGUCUAAUGUCAGAUAAAACAUGCAUAGCCUACUAUUUCAUGCCUACUGAAGCCUGGGGAUAAUAUUCUGUUCAAAAGCGAGUGCUAGCUAACUAGUUUGCCAUACGAGUAACGUUAGCUAUCUGUUUUAGCUAGUAAAUAACGCCGUCCAGAUCUAGUAAGUAGCUAAGCGGCCCGUUAACACUGUGGUGGCUGUACCUUUAGCUAGCUAAAAGCAACAUCCGCCAGUUUAUCUUCGAGUCAACAGGUGGAUAUUUUGAACGCUAAUCUCCAACAAUGGCCUCGAGAGUGUGGCAGCACCCGUACGUCAACAUCUUCAAGCACAUCAAGAUUGAAGAGUGGAAGAAGUCUUCAAGAGAAGGAGAUGUGACUGCUUACAUGGACAAAACUUUGAAAUGCUCAGUGUUCAGAAUCCGUGGGUCCAUCCCGGCCAGCAACUACAUCCUCUUACCCAAGACCAGCAGUCAGUCCUUGGGGCUGACUGGACGUUUCAUCUACCUCCUUUUCAGACCCAGUCCUGCCAAACACUUUGUGGUACAUUUGGACAUAGCAGCAGAGGAGAGCCAGGUUAUCCGGGUCUCUUUUUCCAACCUGUUCAAGGAGUUCAAGUCCACGGCCACUUGGCUGCAGUUCCCCUUCCUGUGUGGAGCAGCCAAAGAUUCUGUGUACGACAGCACCGCCAAAACGGCAAGACACGACCUUGUAGGUCCGGCCCCCCCCAUGGUGCGUUGGAUCUGUCUCAUGAUGGACCUGCAGUACGUGCUGUCCGUCUACCUCAACCGCCGGCACAGCCACCUGAAGAGCAUCAAGCUGUGUGCCAACAUGUCCGUCAAGAACCUUUUCACCAGCGACCUGCUUUUAGACCCAGGAUUGUCCUUCAGUGAGGCCAAGCAGGCUGGGUUGGUGUCUGCCCAGGGCACAAGCCCCAUGCCCAGGGAGAUGUGCUUCCCCGUGCCCAAAGGAGGCAGCUGGCACGACCUCUAUGACUACAUAAGGUUUCCCUCUGAUGGUUCCAAGAUGCCCUUUGACUCCAUUCAGAAAGGCCUUCCAAGCCCUAUUUCCAUGUGUGCCCCCUCCAGUAAAAGCCCCAGCAGAGAGGUGCCUCGCAGGGUGAACCUCAGCAAACCAGUGCAGGACCGGGUGUCUCUCAUCCAGCAGAUCACCAGCCCCAAGCCUCUUCCGAGACACCGCAGCACCCUGGUGACCUCCAGCGUUCCUGAGCUGGGCGUGGUCACCUCCGGGCUGGACGCCAAACACACUCAGGAGGAAUGGGGUUCCCAUGGCGACGACCCGGAGAGAGGUUGCUGGUCGCAGGCUUCCGGUUCACGCCGCUCCACGUCCCGAACGCCGCCCGCGGUCGACGGAGGCGUGCAUGUGUACGCGCGCUCAGAAGAUGACUCUGCCUUCUGUGUAGAAGAUGGCGAAGGAGAGGUUGUGUGCGCUGCCGUCUCUCGCCCCAUCUCCCUUCCCUCAGUCAAGGAGUCCAGACUCAGUAAGCUGUAUCCUGAUCCCAUUCUCCGGCUGAACCGAAUCCUAGGUUUUGGCGGAGCCACUCUGAAGUGUGCUUUGUGGACCAAGAGAGGGGACGAGGUGGUGUACCCCUGCCACGCCAUCAUCGUCUCCAUGAACAUCUCCUCAGGACAGCAGAGGUUUUUCCUCGGCCACACAGACAAGGUGUCUGCCCUGGCGUUCACUGGCAACACCAUGCUGUUGGCGUCGGCCCAGACAGGAAGCCAGGGCGUGGUGAGAGUGUGGAGCUACUCUAAGGGCAGCUGCCUGGCCAUGUUUAAGACCCACGCACACUCUCUGUCCUCACUCAGCUUCUCAUAUGGUGGCGGUGUUCUCUGCGGGGUGGGGAAGGACAACCACAGCAAAACGAUGGUGGUAGUUUGGAGCACGCAGCACGUCAGCAAAGGAGAGGUGACCGUCUUAGCCAAAGCACACACGGACGUGGACAUUCAAACCAUGAAGAUCGCCUUCUUUGACGAUACAAGGAUGGUGUCGUGUGGCCGUGACAACGUGCGUCUGUGGCGCGUGAGGGGCGGGGCCCUGCGCUCCUGCCCCGUCAGCCUGGGAGAGUACCACUCCCUGGACUUCACCGAUGUGGCCUUCGAGGAGGGACAGCGCUCCCACGGCGACCCAGAGGACCGCUCGCUGUUUGCCAGCAGCAGGAGUGGCCAUAUCCUGGAAAUUGACUAUGGGAACGUGGUGAUAAGAAACGUCAGGAGACUGCUGCCCGCUCAUAAGUCCCACUCCCAGCGCAGAGAGAAACAGACGUUCAGCACGGGUCCAGGCAUCGCCGUGAACAGCAUCAGCGUGUCGUCGGCGUUCUGUGCCACCGGCUCUGAGGACGGCUACCUCCGUCUCUGGCCCUUGGACUUCUCCACAGUGUUCCUGGAAGCUGAACAUGAAGGGCCGGUGAGCUUGGUGUCGGUGUCGGCCGACGGCCUCAGCGUCCUCUCCGCCACCUCCACCGGUAACCUUGGCUACCUGGACGUGAGCAGCCGUGGCUACAGCACCCUGAUGAGGUCACACACGGACGCCGUGCUCGGUUUCAGCGUGGACGGCGUCCGGCGCCGCCUCACCUCCGCCUCCCGCGACGGGACUGUACGCGUCUGGGACAUGGACUCCAUGCAACAGCUGUUUGACUUUGUGUCGGAGGACACCCACUGCUCAGUGGCGUUCCACCCCAGCCUCCAGGUCUUCUCUUGUGGAUCCAGCUCCGGGACGGUCAGGGUGUUUGACAUCGCCAGCUCCAAGCUGUUGGCGGAGCACAGCCAGCACCGAGGCCAGGUGGUGGGCCUGGUCUUCUCCCCAGACGGAGAGGCUUUGUACAGCGCAGGCUCCCUCGGCGCUCUGGUCCUGUACAACUCCUCCUCCGAAGACCACCACGUGGUCAGAGUACUGGGUAAUGUGGUGGCACGGGGCACCGAGCGGGGGCCGGAUGCCCUCGUCAUCAGUAGCGACAGCCGCUGUUUGGCGUUUGUGGGCCCUUCGGAGUACACAGUCACCAUCAUGGACGCCCGCUCUCUGGACGAGCUCCUGCGUGUGGACGUCAGCAUCCUGGACAUGGAGAGCACCAGGCUGGACUCUGCCCUGAAGGUUUGCUUCUCCCCGGCCUCCACCGUCCACCUGCUGGUCACCACCACCGCCAACAAGAUCCUCUGGGUCAGCGCCAAGACUGGGAGGCUGCUGCGCGAGGCCUCUCAUGUCCACAAGCACCAGUGCUCCUCUGUGGUGGUGAGUGAGGAUGGCCGCUACCUGCUCACUGCAGGACACAACGUCGUCAAGGUGUGGGAUUACAGCAUGCAGCUGGACAUCAACUCCCAGAUGUUUAUAGGACACAGCCAGCCUAUCAGCCAGGUGAGCUUCACACCCGAUCAGAUGAGUGUGGUCUCCGUGGGAGACGCCAUCUUUCUCUGGGACUUCCUGGCCCACCCACGGGAGUCUGGGAAUUGUAGUCCUUCGUCACCUACCACAGCCUUGAUCACGCCUCAUAAAUCAGCGAAUGGCGAGCCAGAUGUUCACGUAAUGCUGCUGUCCAAUGGGAUGCCUCGAGGGAUCGCUCCCCUGCCGUUCUCACACCCUCCCUGUUUGGAUAUCAGUGCCAUUGACGCAAUCGGACUGGAAGCAGAUGCAGACUCCUUGUCUCCACCUGAGGAGCUUGAGGAGAUCUCUCUCCACGGCGCCACUUCAGGCCCCUCCCCCUGCCCUGACCCCGCCCCUGUCAUGGCGGCCGGCUCCUUUCUGAAAGUCACCGAGAUGGCGUUAGCCCCAGACUCAUCUCCUCUGAGGACCAGUCAGAAUAGAGAGUUGGACAAUGUGGACUCUGAUGAGGAGAAGGAGACUGUACGGCCUGAUUGUUAUAAGCACUUUACUCCGCGUUUCAAAACCUCCACUCUGGAUCAGACGGCUGGCAACGCCCACCAAUCAGGAGAACAGGGCUUGAGUUUAAAAGCUGUGAUUGGCUACAACGGGAAUGGACGUGGAAACAUGGUGUGGAAUCCAGAUACAGGCCUGUUUGCGUACUCGUGUGGCAGCGUGGUGUGCUGGAAAACCUUCACACAGGGCUCUCAGAGGCACUGGCAAGGUCACACAGAGGAGGUCUCCACUCUGGCUGUUUCUAACGACGCACUGAUGGUGGCGGCGGCGGCGGGGGGGCCGCGAUGGCGCCACAAGCCUCAUCUGCAUAUGAACGUUCAGGAUGGCGCCUGCAGGAAAACCCUGUCCUACCACCGGGGGGCAGUGCAGAGCAUGGCCUUCUCCAGGGACGACCUCCUCUUCCUCUCAGUCGGAGACUUCCGCGAGCCAGAGGUGGCGCUGUGGAGCAGCAGGAGCUUCCAGCUGCUGUCCAGGGUGUGCGUGGCCGGGCCGCUCCACGACGUGGCCUUCAGCCCCUCGGCCGCCAGCCAGCUGGCCUGCGUGGGUCGUCUGGGGGUGGUGUUCUGCCAGGUCACCUCCUCAGGCCCAGACCUGGAGCUCCAGGUGCAAAACAUGGCCAUCCCUGAGGAGGUGGGGGAGGUGGAGCUGACGGCGCUAUGCUACAAUGCUAACAACAUCCUGUUCACGGGCACUAACGGAGGACACGUCUGUGUGUGGGACUGUCCGAGCCAGCGCUGCUUCAUGACCUGGGAGGCAGACCAGGGAGAGAUAGGAGUGCUGCUGUGCAGGGGGAACCGCCUGCUGACAGGCAGCAACACGCGUCGGCUGAAACUGUGGGGGGUCUCCGCUGUCCAGAGCCUGAGGCCAGGAGGAGCAGGAGGAGACGCUGCCACCACAGAGGACCGAGGGGCCCUGGUGCUAUUGGAGCAGGAGAUCGUUCUGGACGGGACCGUGGUGAGCGCUGCGUUUGAUGACGUUCUGGACAUGGGAAUCGUGGGCACCACGGCGGGCACACUCUGGUACAUCAACUGGGUGGACAACACCAGCAUACGCCUCAUCAGCGGACACAAAACCAAGGUGAAUGACGUGGGGUUCAGCCCAGACGAGACCCACUUUGCCACCUGUGGAGAGGAUGGAAGCGUCAGGGUCUGGUGUUCCCCCAGCAACGAGCUGGUGAUGCAGUUCCAGGUGCUCAACCAGAACUGCAAGUGUGUUUGUUGGAGCCCCGUCCAGGGUUCGUCUACGGGGGGCGCGUGCGUGGCGGCGGGCUACAGCGACGGAACCCUCCGGAUCUUCCGCCUGGCGUCCUCUGAGAUGGAGCUCAAGCUGCAGCCCCACCCGGUGGCCGUUACCUCGGUCCAGUACUCCGUUAACGGUCUUGUGCUUCUGUCGGCGGGGAAGGAUGGGCUGAUUGCGGUGAGCAGCCCCGUGACCGGAAAGGUCGUCCGCAUCCUUGGUGACCACAAGGGGGCACUCAUAACCACCAUCCAGUGUGUGAAAAAACAGUACAAAGAGUUUGGACUCGAAGGAAACGAGAUGUGGUUGGCUGCCAGUGCAGACCGACGUGUCAGCAUUUGGGCGUCUGAUUGGAUGAAGGACAAGUGUGAACUGCUUGAUUGGCUCACGUUUCCUGCUCCCGCCCACCCCAAGGACCCAGACAGCCUGCCCCCCAGCCUGGCUGCUUUCAGCCCUGCAGACCCUGGCCUCGUCAUCUACACAGGCUUUGGGGUGGAGAAAGAGCUGUCCUUCUACAGCCUGUCUAAAAAACAGGUUGUUAAGAAGAUCGCCCUGUCUCACUGGGCCACGAGCCUCAGUCUCUCCUCCAAGGGACGUCUGGUUGCUGUGGGUUCCCAAGAGAGGGUGCUGAAGCUGAUCCAGUCCUCCAGCGGCAGGUUCCAAGACUUCCUCCACCACAGCGACUCUCUCCAGACAUGUCGUUUCUCCCCCUCGGGGGAGCUGCUGUUCAGCUCAGCCUACAACGAGAUCCUGCUCUGGGACGUCCAGGGCCUGUAGAUCUGGAGAGAGGGGCAGAUCGCCAUGCCGACAACAUCCUGACACCCUCAGACCUGUCUCUGGCUCUGCCUGUCUGUCCCAUCUCUGCCUGUCUGUCUGACUGUCUGUCUGUCUGUGUGCAUACUGUUAAGGUUUUCAAAAGCUCUGUUUUUAUAGUUGGGCCAAAGUCGAUUUAAUUGAAAUUAAUGAUAUGGGUGGUGUUGGGAAAUAUUUGAAAUGCUAAAUGUUAAACCUCACCUGGAACUGAAGUUGAUUUAAUAUAAUUUUACUGUGUUGGUGAUGGCUACCUUGUAGGUUAACUAAACACCACUCCAAUAUUGAUCUGUUGAUGGUAGGACUUAAUUCAAAAACAUGGAGAGUGAAUUUGCAAGGAUAUUGUUUACACGCGUGAUUGUAAGUCGGUGGUUUUUAUUUGACUUUGCAAGAAAAUUCCGUCUUGAAAUAUUUAAUUCAUGAAGGAACACCUCUUCUGUGAUAUCUCAGUUGGUUCUUUUAAUCUGGGAUUUGUUUAGUUUAUAUGAAUCCGUUUUUUUAACAUGUUUCUUUCAAUUCAAACUGUAAAUUAUGCACUAAAUGUUACAGUUCAAAUCAACAUUUAUUUAUUUUUGUAACUUCUUUUAAAUAAAUAGUUGAAAGAC